AUGAUGGCCGCGCGUUCCGACGUAGAGCCGUGCACCCUAAAUGUGCACGCGGCGGCCGCGGAGCGUGGCUUCCAGGAAGCGCGAGGCGGCCGAGGGCGCGCCGCCCGUGGAAUAUUGAUCAGGCCCGCGCUAAUAAUAGUUGGCAACGCGGGCCGCCCGACCCUCGCGCGUCCCUUCCGGCGGAGGCUUUACGUCACCAAAGUAACGGCACGGCUGCCCUGCGUGCGCACGCCAUUGAUAUUCGCCGCGGAUGCCCCGCUAAUCGGCGGCUUUACGACGGCCGUAAACGUCGCCGGCGCUAGCUUUCCUCGUAAUAAAAUCCGCGCCGCGACUCCACCCCAACGAAGACUUGCCGAAGAGUGCCGCAAUAAAGCACUCGGCCCUAAUGCACGCCCUCUGGGCCUU